AUAUAUAGCUAGUAAGAGCCUAAGGGAACUCACAUCUGCUAACAGACUGGAUGUUUGCUUUCAUCAUCUAACAAGCACGUGAGCAUCUGCAAACAAACAGGUCACCUUCGGAGAUGAACAGGGAUCUCCUCUCUCCAUCCUUCCAAAGAUGAAUAAAAUAAUUGUUUAUGAACACGAAGACUUCAAUGGACUUCGUAAAGAAUUCAUUUCAGAUGCUCCUGACCUACGAAGUGUGGAUUUUGGAAAAUGUAUUUCAUCCCUGAAGGUGAUUGGGCAACCUUGGCUGGCCUUCCGUGAUCCCAACUACCAAGGGCCACCUGCUACGUUUGAGGAAGGGGAGUACAAGCACAUCCCCUUAAAUAAUCAAAUUUCUUCUCUCCGGCUAGUGACUGAAGAUUUGGAAAAUCCUCAGAUCACACUCUAUCAGAAUAAAAAAUAUGAAGGGGAGAGCAAAAUUAUAACAGAGGCAACCAACCUGACUUAUGGAUAUUUCAAUAACAAGGCAUCUUCCCAUAUUGUCCAGAGAGGGGCCUGGCUACUCUAUGAAAAUGCUGAUCGAAAUGGCUGGUUCUGUAUAGCUCGGGAAGGGACAAAAAAUCCUGAUUAUGGUCCAAUAUUCAAUUUCCAUGAUAAGUGUUCCUACGUGUAUCCCCUUAAAGCCGGACGGCCUGUUAUCACCACCAAGAUCUUGUGGGAUCACAAGAAGGUAGAAAGCGAGGGUGAAGUGGUGAUUGAUGAAUUUAGUGGCAUUAAUGCCACAGAUUAUGAGCAAACAUUCACCACCAGCAACAGCAGGGUCUAUGAAGCAGCCACGAGCCACAGUUUUAAAUUUUUGGUGCCCGACUUGCACAUAGAUGAGAAGUUCAACAUAACCAUAGAUCCAAGCACAACCAUCACUGUAGAGAAAGGAAAACCAGAGUCUACUUUCACUGUAGACAAAGUUGAGGUUACAGUGCCGGUCAAGAUCCCACCACAUUCAGAACUGAAUGUCCAGGUGAUGAGGAAGCUAGUCACCGCCUCCGCUCCUGUGGAAGUGAGCAUUACCAGGAAUGGGAAGAGAAAGACAGAGAUUGGAGAGUAUCGAAGUGUGUCAGGACGUAGCAUCAGUACCAAGUAUGCUGUUAAGCCAAUUGAGAUGAAAAAACAAACAUAGACUCAACAUGCAGUAACAGCCAUCAUAUUCACAGAAGAUACAAUUCGUUUUUUAGCUAAAAAAGGAAAUACACUCCUGGCU